AUGUUAAUUGGAGCAUACGACCGUCGCGGCAGUAGCAUUGCAGUGGAUGUAGACGAUGCCAUUGAACGUAUAGUAGAACAGUUUGAAAGCAGAGAUUUGGCUCUGCGUCUGGACGUUUUACGGGCACUGAGCGCUCAGGCGCAACUAGCGUUUGAGACUACUCGGGUGCGUGAACGUCUCGGUCAACAUCCGGUGUCCAUGGAUCUAAUUCAGGGCAUUACGUGUCAGUCAUUAGUAUACAAGACACUGACUAAGAAUCUAAAGGUAGAUAGCUACAGCUGUGCUUAUGACGUCGAGCGAAAUGUCGUCAUGACCACGACCGUGCGUUGGACGUUGGGCAGCCCACCACCAACCAAGAAACGCAAAAAGAUGUCAGCUUUGGCUCCUACUAAGAAGAAAGAGAUGAUCACCAAGUACAGGUAUGAGAGGAUGCGACAGAAGAACGAGGAGGAAGAAACGUUUGUCAAGUUUUCGGUCAUUGUAUCCUUUGGAGACGAUGAUGUCAUGCCCAGAGAACUGCUUUGCUUUGAGAUGGCGUGUCAACACUUGUACCCCAAGAGAUACUACGAAGAGAAACGUCAAUUUUCGUUGGUAGAUAGCAAGGAGAUUGACGGAGAAGAGAACACGAAGGAGAACGAAGAGGGAUGUGACAUGGAAAGGGGAGACGGAGAGACUUUUGGAGAGGAGCAACGAGAGUUUUGCUUCAAUAACGAAGUAUUGGCGGAUAUGGGUGAGUGGAUGGGAGCUGAUAAGGAGGAGCUGGACCCCGUCGAUGUUGCUGGCUUCUUCAUGGCGUUGCCUGUUUACGAAGAUGAAUGGCUUAUAGACGAACGUGUGUGCGAAAUUCUCUUCCAAGGUGAAAUUGGAGCUGAUAGCAGUAAUGAAGACAGUAACGAAAAGGACGAAGAUGAAGGAGAUGAUGAACUGAAGCUGUAG